CACGGCUAUCCUUGCAGCAAGAAGGAGGCGGUAACGCAGAUAUUGCAAACUGUCCCACUAAUACUUUGCACGUCAAUACUCAGGCUGCCGGUGUGAAUACGGUCACAAACGUCGCGACGCAAAGUCUAACGCGGAAUCGUCAUUGUCGUGGCCUCGAAGAACAAGCCGGGAAGUCAUGGGGCCCGUGAAGUUUCUCGUAUUCGUGUUCACUCUUUAUUUUAGUCUCAGGGAUGCAGAAUGUCACCUGACAGCCGGCGGGAAAGGUGUCUGUGUCAGCACCACAACAGCCGUGCAGGCCUACAUUGGAUAUUACAAGAACUACUUGGGAGUUGUAGUUUCCAAGACGAUGUACAGGAUUGUGCAGGUCACGGACUACCAGUGCUGCCCUGGGUGGUUUCAGAGCGGAGAUAAUUGCCCGAUAUUUGGAUGCUUGGAUAACUGUCUGAACGGGGGAUCCUGCAGUCAGUAACAACACGUGCCUUUGUGAGCCUGGCUUCACGGGGAGUGUCUGCCAAACCGAUGUCGAUGAAUGCGCGCUCAAGCAGAGCAAGUGCAGCCAGAUCUGCAACAACACGGAAGGCUAUUACACUUGCGGUUGUCAGCAGGGCUUCGUGCUGGCGGCGGACGGCUUCACCUGCGUGGAUGUGAACGAGUGCCUCACCAGUAACGGCAAUUGCUCGCACAUGUGCGUCAACACGGAGGGCGGAUGGUCGUGCCAGUGUCCCGAAGGAUUUGUUUUGAACAAAGACGGUCUCACCUGUACAGAUGUGGACGAGUGCGCGGCCAACACGGACAAGUGCAUGCAGAGGUGCAACAACACGCUCGGCUCGUACACCUGCAGCUGCGACGCCGGAUACACGCUAUCUGAAGACGGGCAGAGUUGUGUCGAUGUGGACGAGUGCUUGCUUAAGACUUCCGGAUGCGAUGCGGGCUGCGUCAAUGACGUGGGCACGUAUUACUGCUCUUGCAAUUCGAGCAGCUACAGACAAGGCUCCAGAAAUGGCUCGUGCGCAGAUGUGAACGAGUGUCAGCUGUACCCGGGCUUCUGUGAGGUCAACUGCACCAAUACCCUGGGCAGUUUCAAGUGCUCCUGUAAAGCGGGCUUCACUGUGGCGCAGGACGGCCACAGCUGCAUUGACGUGGACGAGUGUGCCGCCGGCCUCAGCGGAUGUGCCCAGUUCUGCGUCAACACCUUCGGCUCCUUCAGCUGCUCGUGCGGCAGUGGGUACGGCAUUGCCGGCGAUGGCAAAGGCUGCGUAGACGUGAACGAGUGCCUCAAUAAGAACGGCGGCUGCUCCCAGAUGUGCAACAACCACAACGGAUCGUUCAGCUGCGACUGUAACCCCGGGUACUCGCUCGACCCGGACAACGCGACCUGCUCCGACGUCGAUGAGUGCCAGAUGCACAAUGGGGGCUGCUCACAGAUAUGUUCCAACAGCAAAGGAUCGUUCUCCUGCUCGUGCAACAACGGCUACACGCUGGCCUCCGAUGGCCACAAUUGCAACGAUACGGAUGAGUGUACCAGUAACAAUGGCGGCUGCCAUCAAGUGUGUGUCAACUGGCCAGGAGGUUUCUCCUGUGCCUGCAAUGUUGGAUACGUGCUCAACUCAAAGACCGGGUGCAAAGAUGUGAAUGAGUGCAGUCCAAAUCCCUGUCAAAGGACCUGCACGAACACUCAAGGCUCUUUCCAGUGCAAUUGUGAUCCUGGCUACAAACUGGCUCCCGAUGGACUGGCCUGCAUUGACGUGGACGAGUGUGCCGCCGGGUCCUCAAACUGCCAAGGGGAGUGCGUCAACACGCUUGGGUCCUACAAGUGCAGCUGCACCUAUGGCUAUGAACUUCAGUCCGAUGGCUCAUGCGCACGCUCCUCUGUGUGCGCCGACAUUUUGCCACUGUGCGUGAACGCGGACGGAUGCGAGGUGGUCACCGUCGAACUAAACUCUAUCGCCGUCUGCAUCUGCACCCCCGGCUACAUCCUCUACAAUGACUCUUACACACUCUGCAUUGAUGAAAACGAAUGUUUAAACGGCAACGGCGGGUGCUCCCACGCCUGCGUCAACACCAACGGUUCGUUCAGCUGCAUGUGUCCCCGCGGCUACGCAAUGGGCAGCAAUGGUUCCACCUGUCAAGAAAUUAAUGAGUGUACGUCCGGCCAACACAAGUGCCAGCAUGUUUGCACCAACACCGAUGGUGGAUACAAAUGCUCCUGCAGAGCCGGAUUCAAGCUAGAUGCCAACAAUGCCACCUGCUCAGACGUCGACGAAUGCGGUGUCAGCAAUGGUAAUUGUUCCGAUGUCUGCAUCAACACAUAUGGAUCGUACAAGUGUUCGUGCAAACCUGGCUUCCAGCUCGCCAGCAACGGACUCAGGUGCCAAGACGUGAACGAGUGUGCGGUGAACAACGGCAACUGCGAGCAGAACUGCCGCAAUGUGAACGGUGGCUUCGAGUGCUCCUGUAACCCCGGAUACCUGCUCAUGAACAACCGGCUCACCUGCAUGGCAUGUGGCGGUCAAGUGUCAGCGCUGGAGGGCAGUAUUGUCUCACCCGGCUACCCAUUCAUGGGCUUCGAUGUAUCCAUGCCGUGCAUCUGGAACAUCACCGCGCCUGCCAACUACAACCGCAUCAACCUCACCUGUCUCUACGUGCGUUUUGACGACGGCGGCACAUGCAACCUGGCCUACAUGAACGUCACGUCUGUGCCGUCCUACACGCGCACGUGGUGCCGUACGCCCGGCGGCUCGCUGCUGGGGAACGCCACCGUGUUCGUCGAGUACUUCUCCUCCGGCACGGGCCCCAACACCGGCUUCCACUGCCACUACGCCGCAGCGUACAAGCUGACGUCCGCUUUGAGCACAACUACCGGAGUGUUUGGAUUCCCAAAUUCCUCCGGUGAAUUGUAUCCCAACAACGCCAACCGGACCCACAUCAUUUAUGCCUCGGGCAGCAACCGCAUCUGUCUACAAUUCACAGCCAUGAGCCUGGAGAACAGCGCGGGUUGCAGCAAGGACUACGUGGCUGUAUACGACGGGGCCCUGGUCACUGCGCCGAUUCUUGGCAAGUUCUGCGGGGGCUCGAUCCCGGCCAAGAUCGCCUCCAGCGGCACCAGGCUGACCGUGAUGUUCAUCUCUGACAGCGAGACGCAAGACGCCGGCUACAACGCCUCCUACGCCAUGAAGUCUCCAAGCGGCUUCACGUGUUGAGGGAUGCUGGAGGAACGUCAUCAACCUCUCCCCAGCCAUCUGUGCCAGCAAUUCCUUGUCCCCUGUUUGUAUCCGGGCUUGAGUCCUUAAUUUUUGCCCCUCUUCCUAUGACUGACUGCCUCACUCUACAAAAUAAAUAUGUCCCACUGUUUUUGCACUGCAUCUUGAGAGGCGGUCGCACUUAGACUCUAUGUAAAUCCAAGUCAUUCUAGCUCCAAAUCAAGUUUAAAUCCAAAUCGUCAAUUUUAACAUCAGCAGCAUCAGAACCAGCAUGUCACUACACACCUCUAAAUUGAAUUAUCGAAAUGCAGAAUUGUCAAAAAGGAGGCAUGCGAGUAACAGUUUUCCAUUCAAUUUGGAUCCAACAUAAAGCAGUUCACGUAGAUUUAAUAUUAAUAAACUACUUCGUAGACUUUACAUUUAUACGUCGGGAGCCAACUUAAACAACAAGUCUCUUUUGUAAGGACGACCUGACCAAUAAGGUGGCAACAGCACAGUGCAAUACAGAGCAGCAUACAUGGCUGAGACAGAUUAACAAAACAAUCCUGUUUGACAUCACAGUUAAACACAUUUAUUGUAAUAAAGUUAUAUAUUGCAUUUCUCUUUUUUGCACAUGUAUUGCGGAUUAUAUUAAAGUGGAAACUAAAUAUAUUAGUUAUGUUUGGUGGUUUUAAAGAAAAUAUGGCAUUUUAUAGUAUUACAUUUUUUAAUAUGUACUACCUAUUGGAUUACUUUUGGGAUGACAAUUAAAUUCUGGAAAUUAUAAUGGAAAUGUCUUUAUUGAUGUAUGGAGCCAUUGUAUUUCUAGGGAUACGCCUUAGUAACAGUGAGUUAUUGUACCAUCAGACAGUAUAAGGAUGAAUAAACAGUCUAUGAGUA